AUGUCGGUGGCAGAGCCAACAGAACUUUCUCUAUUUUCAGAUCCACCCAAUCAGGUGGCUGUUCAGAAAAUCUAUUUUAGUGAAUCUCGUCCAAUUUCUUCCUUUGAAAGCGAUACGGCUCCUCUGGAAUUUUCCAUUCCAUCAAAUGGACCCGAGUACCUUGAUCUUAGAAGAAGUCGUUUGUACCUGAAAGCCAAAAUCACAAAAUCAGAUGAUACACCAUUAGCAGCCUCUGAGAAAACAGGUAUCGUUAAUUUACCCCUUCAAUCUUUGUUCUCUCAGAUUGACGUCUACAUGAACGGAAAAUGCAUGUCGCAAAAUGCCAAUCAUUAUCCUUGGAAGGCCUACCUCAAAGUUCUCUUAACAAGUGGGUCAGACACAUCUAAGACUCAGUUACAGACUCAGUUAUAUUUUCCGGAGGGAGAAGGUACAGAAAAUCCGGACGCAUCUGGGGGCACCAACAUGGCUUUGAGAUCACGUUAUGUGUAUACUCAACAAUCUAGGGUCUUUGACUUAGAAGGACCAUUAUAUGUGGACUGUUUUAACCUAGACAAGUAUCUUAUUAAUGGUGUGGAUAUACAACUGAGACUAUUUCGCACAAGGAACUCAUUUAUGGUUAUGAGUAAAGAGGCAUCACCUAAUUACAAAAUUACGAUCGUUGAUGCUAUUUUCAAAGCCUGUAAAAUCAAAGUAGACAGUGCUAUAAUGUUAAAUCACUCAAAUGCUAUUGCCAAGUCCCCAGCUAGAUACAACUAUAUGAGAACCGACGUUAAGAUGACUUCAAUCUCGGACAAGACCAGUGAAUUCUACUGGGAUGAUGUCUGGAACGGCAGGAGACCAUCCAAAAUGUACGUUGCAUUCGUAAAACAAUCGGCAGUGAAUGGUAGUUAUUCAGAUAACCCCUUCAACCUGGAACACUUCAAUCUGUCUGAAAUAUUUUUGACUGUCGAUGGAGAACCCAUACCUAUCCGCCCCAUAAAAUUAGACUUUGGAAAUAAUAAGAAUUAUGUCACUCCUCUCUGCAAUUUGUAUCAGUCAGCUGAAAAGUGGAACAGAGAUGAGAGUCUGGCCAUCGAUAGGGAAACUUUUGCUAAAGGCUCCUGCAUUUUUGCCUUUGACCUCGUACCCACAGACUUGGGAGAAGGGUAUAUAAACCUAGUACAUCAAGGAAACGUUGGAGUAUAUGCUCGCUUUGCACAAGCCACAUCAGUGACUAUCAGUGCCAUUGCUUACUGUGAAUAUCCCGGACUUCUCCUCAUAGAUCAAAGUAGAGAAGUCAGACAAAUAUAA